ACGUUUUUCUCUUCCGUCCAUUUCUUCUCCACUUCCAUCCAUUUCUUCUUCACGACUCUCCGCUAUAUUUUCCGAUUUCAACUUGUUCACCGAACGUCUCCAUUUCUUCUGCACGGGUCUCCAUUUCGACUUCAUCUCCGGCGGACGCUUCUCCACUUCCAUCCAUUUCGAUUUCAGGUUUGUUUUCACCGGACCUCUCCAUUUCUUAUCCACUCCUCUACAUUGGCAGUGCCGUAUCCAUCAUCUUUGAAGUCAAGUCUCAGUAUGGCUUCGACAUCAACUAACGGUCCCAUGUACAAGAUUGACCCUGCUCAUCAUUUUCAGUCUAUAGUAAGUAGUUUAGCACAUUUAGAAAACAGUACACGUACAAUAAAGGCUAAAUUGAAACCGGAUCAAUUAACCUUAUUUAGAAAUACAAAGUUCGGCCACUUUUUGGAUCUGAAUAUAAUCUUUAAUGGGCCGCUCAUCCACUACUUAUUGUUAAGAGAGGUGGAAGAUGAAAGGGUUGAUCACAUAAGUUUCAAGAUAGGAGAAGUCGUGUGCAGUUUUGGAAGGAGAGAAUUUAAUAUGAUGACGGGUCUAUGGAGUUCUCAACCAGAGCCUAUUGAUUUGGUUGGGAAUAGUAGGUUGUUGGAGAAGUUCUUCGAACAAAAAAAGUGUAUUUAUAUAAGUGACUUAGAGGACACAUUUGUGGAAUACGAGGGGGAUGACGAUGACGAUGACAUAGUUAAAUUAGCUCUAGUUUACUUUAUAGAGAUGUCAUUGUUAGGAAAAGAUAGGCGGACGAAAGUGGACCGAACUUUAUUUAGGAUUGCAGAUGAUUGGACCACAUUUAACAAUUACGAUUGGGGAGGGUUGGUUUUUGGACGUACACUUUCUGCCUUAAAACGAGCCUUGGACAUGCAACAUGCCAAGGGAAAGAAUAAAUCAACUAAGACAAAAUAUACUGUCAUGGGAUUUCCGCAGGCGUUACAGGUUUGGGCAUAUGAGUCUAUACCAACCAUCACUGAAUGUGGUGUACAUAAAGUAAGCAACGAUGCAAUACCACGAAUGCUGAGGUGGGUGUGCGAACUAUCGCCGAAGUCUCAUGUCCUACAGAGGCAGGUGUUUGACUCACCAAUGUUCUUAAUUAACGUGGUAAUUGAGAUGAUGCCUGAAGAGGAGGAGCAUCUAAGAAUGUCUUCAGGGGAACUUGUUGAGAAAACUCAUCCAUAUAACACCGUUUCUGAGAAAGAAUGGUGAUUCAAAACGACCAGG